AGUCACCGUUGAAGCUCAGUCCAGAGCAUUGGCUAAGAGAAACUACUUUUUUUCGAAAAGAUUUUGAAAAACAGAAAAUUAGUUAAAAGGUUCGAAAAAGCUUCGUUCUUAAGUCACAGUUUUUAUAAUAGAAAUUCGUUAGAAACUUAAAAUUCCCUCGAAAUGAGACUUCUACUCUCCUUUGUCGCGUUGGCGAUAUGCUGUGUAUCUGGUCGUGUCCUAGAUACUGGUGACGAUUGGUGGGAGUAUGGUCAUUUCUAUCAGAUUUACCCACGUUCGUUCAAAGAUGGCAAUGGCGAUGGUGUUGGUGAUUUGAAAGGAAUCAUCGAUAAUUUGGCAUACUUAAAAACCAUCAACGUUACUGGCGUGUGGUUGUCGCCAAUCUUCAAAAGUCCAAUGAAAGAUUUUGGUUAUGACAUUUCCGAUUUCCGUGACAUUGAUCCAAUUUUCGGUACGAUUGAAGACUUCGAACGCUUAACGGCCCGUGCAAAGGAAUUGAACCUCAAGAUCAUUCUGGACUUUGUGCCGAAUCACAGUUCCGAUUUGCACGAAUGGUUCAAGGCUUCGGCUGAUCCAAAGCAUGUCGAUCAUGAAAAGUACAAAGACUUUUACAUUUGGAACAGUGGAAAAGUACUCGAAAAUGGAACACGAGUACCACCAAGCAAUUGGCUCAGCAUUUUCCGUGGCAGCGCAUGGCAAUGGCAUGAAACCAGACAACAAUAUUAUUUGCAUCAAUUCCUUGAAGAACAACCUGAUUUGAAUUACCGUAAUCCAGACGUUGUUAACGAAAUGAAAGAUGUUUUACGAUUUUGGCUGCGAAAAGGUGUCAGUGGCUUCCGAUGCGAUACCGUUCCAAAUCUCUUUGAAGUCGAUGAAAAUGAAGAUGGACUCUAUGACGAUGAAGAGAAAAGCAGUGAGUGCCAAGACGACCCACAGGCUUCCUGUUCACUGAAUCACACAAAAACACAAGAUCUAGACGAAACUUAUGACAUGAUCUAUCAAUGGCGCGAAGUUAUGGAUGAAGAAGAAUUCUCUAGCGAUACGAGAAUUUUGAUGACUGAAGCUUAUACAUCACUGAAAAACAAUCUGAGAUACUAUGGCAAAGUGGAGAAUGGUAAAAUUGUUCGCUAUGGAUCACAAAUUCCAUUCAACUUCGAUAUGAUUACGAGAACCAACAAAUACACUAAAGCUCCUGAAUUCAAAGAACACAUUGUCGAUUGGAUCGAAGGUAUGCCACCAGGCAAAGGCAUCCACGCUAACUGGGUGAUUGGAAAUCAUGACCAAAAGCGAGUGGGUUCGAGAUACAGUCCAACACGAAUUGACUUGUUGAAUAUUUUGCUGAAAACAUUGCCUGGAAUCACCGUGACCUUCUAUGGUGAGGAAAUCGGUAUGACUGACGUGAUGAUUUCAUGGGAAGACACUCAAGAUCCACAGGCUUGUCGUACAAACCCGGAAAUUUAUCAUGAUCAUUCACGUGAUCCUGCACGUACCCCAUUCCAAUGGGACGAUAGCAAGAAUGCUGGUUUCAGUACAGCCGACAAAACUUGGUUGCCAAUGGCAGAUAACUACACCGAUUGUAACAUUAAAUUUCAAGAAUCACAAGAAAUCAGCCAUUUGAAAGUGUUCCGUGGAUUAACGGCACUUCGUCAAGGUCAAACGCUCAAAUAUGGUGAGCUCGAAAUUAAUGCCGUCGAUGAAGAUGUACUCGCGUACAAAAGAGCAAUCAAAAGCAAUCCCACCGCCGACAUUAUUGUUGUUGUGUUGAAUUUGGGAGACAAGAAGAAAACCGUUGACUUGAACGCCAACCUCAGUGGAGUGCCUCAAAAAUUGAAGGUCGCUGUUGCUUCAAUCCAUUCCGACAGUCCGGUCGCUGGAGACACUGUUGACGCCGGAAGUGUUGCAGUUGGAGGCGAUGUGGGACUUGUUCUCGUUGGACGAAACCAGUUUUAAGGCCUUUAAUCGAUAAUGCUUUUCCAAAAUGUGAUCUUGUCAACAGAAACAUUCAAUUGUUUUAAAAUAUUUAUUGCUAGAAAUUUUGAUAAAGGCUCUCGAAAAUUUGUGCCUAGAACGUCAAAGCAAUUGACA